UUAUCGAAGUCGCGAUAGUGUCUUUUCUCUCGGGAAAUUCUCGUCUAUCCUCUCAUACGUAAUAUAAACCACGGAUUGUGUUCUUAUCAGAAAUAUAUCGCGAUACCUGUAAUAUUUACGAAUUAGAAAGUAACGUAACAAGUUACAGCGUAUCUCUACGGUACAGCGAACCUAUACAAGGAGCAACCAUAUGUUUGUGUACAAAGUUCGCAGCGACGUGUUGCACUGGAAAGAUGGUGUACUUGAACGCUGCGGUGUGCAUCUCGGUGUUGCUGCUCGUAGUUGGCCUAUCCGUAGGGCUUAGCGUUGGUAACUUCAAAGGAAGCGAUGUCCUCAACUCUGCGCCACUUAUCGACGGACACAACGAUUUCCCAUACAAUUUGUACUCGAAGUUGAACAACAAGUUACAGGGAUUCGAUUUCGAUAAGAAUCUCAGCAGCGACCCGACUUGGGGGAAAAGCGCUUGCGAGUUCUGCUUUACAGAUCUCCCUCGAUUGAGGAAGGGAAAAGUGGGCGGACAAUUCUGGGUUGCGUACGUAUCGUGCGCCUCGCAAUUCAAAGACGCGGUACAACUGACGUUGCGACAAAUCGAUGUCAUCCAGAGACUGGUAGCCAGAUACCCGAACGAUUUGCAAUUUGUCACCAAGGCCGACCACAUCGAGGCAGCGUUUAAAAAUGGAAAAAUUGCCUCGAUGAUUGGCGUCGAAGGAGGCCACUCCAUCGAUUCCAGUUUGGCGGUUCUAAGGCUCUAUUAUCAGCUCGGUGUGCGCUACCUUACAUUGACUCACUCGUGCAACACGCCGUGGGCUGAUGCAUCGCCAGUAAACGAUGGUUCUGUCCACAACCUCACAGACUUUGGAGCUGCGGUUGUCUACGAAAUGAAUCGACUGGGAAUGAUGGUAGACCUGUCGCACGUCUCCCACAACGUUAUGAGGGAAGUCCUUGCUAUAACAAAGGCUCCUGUUAUGUUCUCGCAUUCGUCAGCGUUCAGCGUUUGCAACCAUUAUCGUAAUGUUCCCGACGACGUGCUCCACUCAGUCAAAAAUAACAACGGUGUCGUGAUGGUGAACUUUUACUCUGGUUUCGUGAACUGCAACUCCUCUAGAAACGCGACGAUGCAGGAUGUCAUAGAUCACAUAAAUCACAUUCGCAAUCUUAUCGGAGCGGACCACGUUGGUAUUGGAGCAGACUAUGACGGCGUGGAGUCGAUGCCCGAGGGGUUGGAUGACGUUUCCACCUACACAGAUCUUUUCGAUCGUCUUUAUGAAAGCGAAGUGGAGCCAAGAUGGACGAAAGAAGAACUCGAGAAACUAGCCGGCAGAAAUUUAAUCCGCGUAUUCAAAGCUGUGGAAUUGGUCCGAGAUAUGUUAGCAUCGGAGCCCCCACGAGAAGAUAUCAUCAACGGAAUGGAUUUGUACAACGCGGAAUUAAACAGUGGUAUGAAGCCAGGCUCGUGCAACACUGCGAAAGAAUGGCACGGGCUUAACGUUACGACGAAUGAUGAGAAUUUUUAAUGAUUUAUUUAAGGCAAACGAUGUUACGCGACAUAUGGCGAAAGAUUUAUUUUCUCAUUCUGUAUGUUCCUAUUGUAAUCGAAAUAAAGAAAAUUUGAUAAAGUGUGUAUA